GUAGCGUAGACUUGUGGAAGCUGUUGGCUAGAACCGUUAUAUCAGAUGGGAAGCUAAUUGGUUGGCACACUCUGCUGUAUAUUACAAAACCAUUUGAGUAUGGAUCUUAUCUCAUUCUAGCAAACGAUAGCUCAAGUGAUCAGGCGAUGAAUACAAGUUGAGAGUAUUAUUGACAAAGUUCUGUUAUGAACAGUUAUUGUCUAGAUGUCGGGACGGAAGUACGAUUGUCUUGUUAAUUAAUAUCACGGGCCAUGCCGUUUGGACACGCACACCUUUUCUUUCACUAAUUGACCAGGCCAGUUAGGAUUUGUGUGACGCGGUCUUGCCAGGUUCUUAAUUGCAAAAUAUAGCUGAUGAACGAAGCAGUCACUCUCUUCAGAACACGUGGGCGGUGGAUGUAUUUUUGACUUCCAUUGAUAUUCCUUUUUAUAUCCAUUCCUUAAUAUCAGGAACUUGGCGAUAAAGUGUUGAUGAGUUCCGCUGGUUAUCUUUUGUGAAAGUUCAUUCAAACAGAAACUAUAUUGUGUGAAAGACAAUUAUUUUGGACUCGGAACAUUUGACGUUUUAGCGAAUUAUGGGCUUAUUAGCAACGCCAACUGUGGACAAAACUAACGAGCGAGCUAUUCAUUUUUCCCGUAAUGACAAAAUGACAUCCAAGUCUAUAUCUGUUCCCAUCUCAAUACCUAACAAAGCUUGGAUCAAAAAAUCACCAAUCGCUGAACAAUAAUGGUGUUGAUUUGGUCGAUUUUUGAGACAUAAUCCACGACUUUGUUCUAUCUAUUCUAAGGAAGAAGAGCGCGAGUUUCAACACAGUCCUGUCUUUAAAGAAGGAUCAACAGCAAUCCCUUCAACUAGAGUUUUCAGAAUUUGAACUAUGACCAAUUACGAGUAUCUGACCGGUGGAAACGUGACCUCAAGUCCGCCUUUAAAUCAUACGGAAAGUGCGAUGGAAGCCCCGCCGACGGCCUUGGUGGAAUGGCAGAUGUGGUACCAGCCUAUUCAUGGCUAUGCAGCACCAAUAGUGUGCAUUUUUGGAGUGGUGGCCAACAUCCUCAACAUCGUUGUUCUUACGAGGAAAAACAUGUUAUCACCCACAAACGUAAUACUGACUGGUCUGGCCAUCUCGGAUGGUUUAACAAUGGCGGCGUAUUUUCCAUACGCCAUAAUGAUGUACCAUGUGUAUCAAACAUCGCCAGCACCGCUUUCGUUUGCCCGUUUUGUGCUGUUUUACGCCAUUUUUAGUGUUAUUGUACAUUCAAUUUCAAUAUGGCUGACUGUGUCGUUAGCAUUGUUUCGUUACAUAUUUAUCCAGUGCCCAAGACAGGGGACAAAACUGUGCAGCAUUGACCGCGCCAAAAUAACCGUUGUCAUCGUGUCCAUCGUUACGUCAAUUGUUUGUAUUCCGAAUGCUGUGACGUAUGGCUUAUACCAGACGAAGUAUUCAGGCACGAACCAAACAUCAUGGCAUCUAGACGUCAAACAGAACACAGAAACAGAAAUCAUUCUGAAAAAGUUCAAUUUUUGGAUACAAGCCAUCCUAGUGAAACUGGUGCCAUGCUUUCUACUCACUAUUCUGAGCAUUCUCUUAGUAAAGACAAUGAAAGAUGCCGAGAGGCGCAGGAAAAAAUUGAUAAGCAAACCGAUGAAGGGAAGCGAUGACCCAAGAAGACCAAGCAAGACGAACCGUACCACGCGUAUGCUACUCGCGGUGGUCAUAUUAUUUCUGGUAACGGAAAUUCCACAAGGAAUCCUCAACCUUCUCAGUGGUAUUGUUGAUGGUUAUUUUCACCGAGUCUACCAGCCACUGGGCGAUUUAAUGGAUAUUCUGGCGUUGAUAAACAAUGGUAUCAAUUUCAUAUUAUACUGCACGAUGAGCAAACAAUUCCGAGACACAUUUAUCAAAAUAUUUUUGAAAGAUAUUGUUAUGGAUAAGAGAGGCAAUUACAUGAGUACUCAAGCUACUCGAGAUACCGAUUUGUAAAUACCUGAUAAUAUAAUAGGUUAUAAACUCACCUCACAAAAUCUAGUCAAAACUGUGCCUCUCUUCGCUCAAGAUUUCUCGUCAGUGAGUGCCUCAGAACAGAACUAAAAAAAAAACCCCAAACAUAAACAGUUUGUAAUUGAAGGUGACAAUGUGUAGGACUAAUUCGCUUAAUUUUAUAAGUUAUUUGUUAGACAUGAAAGGAAGCACUUACAUCGUAUUAUCGUGCAAAUUAUCUUUAAAAAAACAACAAAGUGCAUUUGUUACGUCAGUUGGUAAUUUUCCCCCAGUUCUGGCUUCACACCAACGCCUUGGUCUGAUUAUGUAAUGAAAUUACGGACGUCGUUGGUAUCUCCGCGAUAGCACAUUAAACGCCUGUGUUUGGUAACAAGACUAUGUUUGGGGAUAUUCCGCUGAAAAUUAGAAAAGUGCAGAUCUCCAAUGACGAGACAAUGAUGGUUUGACGUAGUGUCGCUUAAUUUAAUCAAAUACUGUUCUAGAUUUGGAUGUGUUGUCAUGGAACCGUGAUUUAAAGAACGAAAACAUUAAGAGAAGGAACCACUGAAGAAAGCAAAACAAUGGGAUUUAAAAGUUCAGAAAAUACUGACACUAACAUGUUGCUAUUUUUAUUUAUGUGGCUACAUGUGCAGUGCGAGGCAGGGAUUUGGUGUGGACAGAUGCCAAGAGAUCACUGACAUGGAAGAGUGAGUGGUACUCAGUAUAUUUGUGCUAUCGGAACAAGAAGAAAUGAAUCUUUCAUUUUUGUUUGUACCGGUAAACGUUAUCCCGAAGAAGUGAAAACGGGGCUUGAAAAAUCCAAAAAAAUUUUCUACACUCACGAAGGGAUUCGAAUCCCUGAACCCCUAAUUCACCGUUUUAUAACCACGCAGUAAGCGCGACUUCAAGAACCAUCGGAUAAGGAACUGUCAGUCGCGACAAACGCUAUCACUUAGACGUGUGACCUGGGCUUGAACAAUCUAAAGAUUAGGAACCCUUCAUUGUUUUAAACCACAAUGUCCAGAACCUUUAGAAAAUAGUUUAACGACAAGAAGCUGGUAGUCCCAAAAACUCUAUCUCUAUUGAAGGAGAACAGGGCUUGAAUAAUCCCAAACAUAGUUUAACGACAAGAACCUAGUAGUCCCCAAAACCCUAUCUCUAUUGAAGGAGAACAUGGCUUGAAUAAUCCCCAAAAGUUAGACCCAUUUAUUGUUUACAACCCACACAGCAAUUGCGAUACCAAUAACUACCGGAUAAACUUAUGAAUAUGUAAAAUUGUACAUUGAUGUAAAUAGUUCUACGUAAUGCCUGUUCAACCGAGCUGAUUUAAUGCCAUUGGGCAAUCAUGUAAAGGAAGAGAAGUUUUAAUUACAGACUAAAAAAGUAUGCGAAUUAAGCACUUGUACAACUAAAUCGAUAGAAAUUCCAUCCCAAAUUGUGUAAGCAGGCCUUAAGUAGUGAUGUUAGUGCUAGCUAAGCCCCCUGUUUAAUACCUUCAGGCAAUAUUUUAUUUCCAAGAUCUAUUACCAUGGAAACUAAUAAUGGCAUGAACGCAGGAACAACAAGAUUGUCUAAAAUUAGUCAAAGGAAUUUUAGAAAUAAGUUGUUGGUAAUAUAAUAGGUUUGUUGUUACCAGCUCGUUCAAAAAAAUAAUAUAAAUAAAAAAUAAAAAAUCCCAACCUAACACGUGAUUUAUGAUCCGGUAAGACGUUUCUCCAUCAUAAAACAGGUGGAAAUCUAUGAAUAGACAACAACGAGUGUUUUUCAACAGGAUUUGCUAACAAAAAAAAAAAAGAAAUAAUAGCAGUUCCGCUUGGUUUUCAUAAAUUCUAGUUAUUGCAAUAUUCGUUGUCGAGAGAAGAAUUGACUUUUAAUUUCGUCCAGGCUGUUACUACCAUAUUUUACUGGUUAAAGACCUCAACUAAAGUCUAACAGUUGGCUGUUUCUACCAUAUUUUACUGGUUAAAAACCUCAACUAAAGUCUAAUAGUUGGCUGUUUCUAACAUUUUACUGGUUAAAGACCUCAACUAAAGUCUAACAGUUGGCUGUUUCUACCAUAUUUUACUGGUUAAAGACCUCAACUGAAGUCUAAUAGUUGGCUGUUUCUAACAUUUUACCAGUUAAAGACCCCAACUAAAGUCCAAUAGUUGGCUGUUUCUACCAUAUUUUACUGGUUAAAGGCCUCAACUAAAGUCUAAUAGUUGGCUGUUUCUAACAUUUUACUGGUUAAAGACCUCAACUAAAGUCUAAUAGUUGGCUGUUUCUAACAUUUAACUGGUUAAAAGUAUACUAGUUGGCUGUUUCUACCAUAUUUUACUGAUUAAAGACCUUAACUAAAGUCUAACAGCUGGCUGUUUCUAACAUUUUACUGGUUAAAGACCUCAACUAAAGUCUAAUAGUUGACUGUUUCCAACAUUUUACUGGUUAAAGACCUCAACUAAAGUCCAAUAGUUGUCUGUUUCUACCAUAUUUUACUGGUUAAAGACCUCAACUAAAGUCUAACAGUUGACUGUUUCUGACAUAUUUUUCUGGUUAAAGACCUCAACUAAAGUCUAAUAGUUGGCUGUUUCUAACAUUUAACUGGUUAAAAGUAUACUAGUUGGCUGUUUCUACCAUAUUUUACUGGUUAAAGACCUUAACUAAAGUCUAACAGUUGGCUGUUUCGAACAUUUUACUGGUUAAAGACCUCAACUAAAGUCUAAUAGUUGGCUGUUUCUAACAUUUUACUGGUUAAAGACCUGAACUAAAGUCUAAUAGUUGGCUGUCUCUACCAUAUUUUACUGGUUAAAGACCUGAACUAAAGUCUAAUAGUUGGCCGUUUCCAACACUUUACUGGUUAAAGACCUCAACUAAAGUCCAAUAGUUGUCUGUUUCUACCAUAUUUUACUGGUUAAAGACCCCAACUAAAGUCUAAUAGUUUCUACCAUAUUCGACUGGUUAAUGAGUCAAAUACCUUAGUGAUUAACCGCCAACGGUAUAAUGUACAAGCAAACAUCCUUCCGUUCCUUAUUUAACAUCAAAAGUGAAACAGAACAAAAAAAAAAAACAAAAACAAAAAAAAACCCAAAAACGAAAAAAAAAAAUCCGCAAAAAACAAAGGGAUAAUUAAUUGUCAAUUAGAUUUAUAUGCUUCCUGGAAAUAAGUUUCGGAUCCAAUAAAAACAUGAGAAAAUGUAAAUAUUGUAAAUACGUACUAUAAAUAGAUAAAGGAGACAUUAUACAUUGACUACUUUAUUGGAACAAGAACUGGCCCCGAACAGCUAAUCAUCCUGGCCCCAAGUUCACAAAGCAUUCUCAGACUUUAGUUCAGAAUUUACUCAAAAUUGUUUGCUUUAUUUUAACUAAAAUAUAGCCCUUUAUAAAACUGUUGUUGUUUUAAUGUAUCAAAUACCCUAAUAAGAAACUGUGUACAAAGUUUUGUGUUUCUGGAUCAAAGAAAUUUCUCAUAAAGAGUGAUUGAAAGUUGAGUAAAUUCUUAACUUAAGUCUGAGAAUGCUUUGUGAACCCGGGGUCUGUUCUUGUGACAGUUGUUCUUUGGAGCGACACUUUUCGAAAAAGAAACUCUGCAUGCUUGUUCUGGCGAUAAAUGCGCGUGGAUUUGUGUUAUGACGUUACAAUUUCAAAAUGACUGCGAUGACGUCAUAGUCAGUUCCUUGUCCAUAGUAUGGCGGUACUUGUAUUAGAUCGUGUUUCCUUUUAUAAAUUAUUAAUAUUAUUGCUAUUAUAACUAUUAUUAUUAUUAUUAUUAAUAUCUAUUGUACGAUAUAUAAAAGUAUAUUAGCUGUUUUCAUUGUAUUUAUGUGGAUAUUGUAUAUUGUUUAAAAUAAAUUGUUUGAAAAGGAUAGGCUUUCUGGAGAUUCAAUAUUCUGAAAAUAUUUCUUUGUGUACCGGUACUGUAAAAAAAAGC